AUGGCAGCCUUGAGGGGAAGGACAAAGAAAAAGGCAUCUUUUGACCAGUCUGAUAGCCUGCCUUUGAGGAGCUCCGGGAGGCAGGCAAAAAAGAAAGCAACAGAGGCCACUGAUGAGGAGGAAGAUGGUGGCUCUGAGAAGAAGUACAGGAAAUGUGAGAAGGCUGGCUGCACCUCCAUAUACCCAGUGUGCUUUGCAAGUGCUUCUGAAAGAUGUGCCAAAAAUGGCUAUACCUCCAGAUGGUAUCAUCUCUCCUGUGGCGAGCAUUUCUGUAACGAAUGCUUUGACUAUUACUACAGAAGCCAUAAAGAUGGAUAUGACAAAUACACUACAUGGAAAAAAGUAUGGACGAGCAAUGGCAAAACUGAACCUAGUCCCAAAGCGUUCAUGGCAGACCAGCAGCUCCCCUACUGGGUUCAGUGUACAAAACCCGAGUGUGGAAAAUGGCGGCAGCUUACAAAGGAAAUCCAACUUACUCCGCAGAUAGCAAAGACUUACCGAUGUGGUAUGAAACCCAAUACUGCUGUUAAGACCGAGACCUCAGAUCAUUGUACCCUCCCAGAAGAUCUAAGAGUUUCAGAAGUUGCUAACCACUGGUGGUACUCCAUGCUCAUCCUACCUCCUUUGCUGAAAGACAGCGUGGCAGCGCCCCUGCUCUCUGCCUACUACCCCGACUGCGUGGGCAUGAGCCCCUCGUGCUCCAGCACGCAGCGCGUGACCAGUCCUGGGAAGCUGGAGCAGUCCAAGGCCACGCCUCCCGUGCUCGGCAUGAACCGGUACUUCCAACCUUUCUACCAGCCCAACGAGUGUGGCAAAGCCCUGUGCGUGCGGCCAGACGUGAUGGAGCUGGAUGAGCUCUAUGAGUUCCCAGAGUACUCCCGAGACCCCACUAUGUACUUGGCUUUGAGAAACCUCAUCCUCGCAUUGUGGUAUACCCACUGCAAAGAAUCUCUUACCCCCCACAAAUGUAUCCCUUACAUCAUAGUCCGGGGCCUUGUGCGCAUUCGAUGUGUUCAGGAAGUGGAGAAGAUACUUUAUUUCAUGACGAGGAAAGGCCUGAUCAACACAGGCGUUCUGAACGUCGGCCCUGACCAGCCUCUUCUUCCGAAAGAUUACCACAAUAAAUCGGUCAUUGUUGUCGGAGCUGGUCCAUCAGGAAUAGCAGGUGCGAGGCAGUUGCGUAACUUUGGAAUUAAGGUGACUGUCCUGGAAGCCAAAGACAGAAUUGGUGGCCGAGUAUGGGAUGAUAAAUCUUUUAAUGGUAUAGCUGUUGGGAAAGGAGCCCAGAUCGUCAAUGGCUGCAUUAACAACCCAAUAUCACUAAUGUGUGAGCAACUUGGCAUCAGCAUGUAUAAAUUUGGAGAAAGAUGUGACUUAAUUCAGGAAGGUGGAAGAAUAACUGACCCCACUCUUGACAAGCGCAUGGAUUUUCAUUUUAAUGCUCUCUUGGAUGUUGUCUCUGAGUGGAGGAAGGAUAAGACACAGCUCCAAGAUGUCCCUUUAGGAGAAAAGAUGGAAGAGAUCUACAAAGGUUUCAUUAAGGAAUCUGGUAUCCAUUUCAGUGAGCUGGAGGAACAAGUACUUCAUUUCCACCUCAGUAACCUGGAAUACGCGUGUGGCAGCAACCUCUACCAGGUGUCUGCUCGUUCCUGGGACCACAAUGAAGUCUUUGCCCAGUUUGCUGGUGAUCAUGCGCUCCUCACCCCGGGAUACUCUGUAAUAGUGGACAAAUUGGCUGAAGGACUAGACAUUCAUCUCAAAUCUCCUGUACAGAGUAUUGAUUAUUCUGGAGAAGAGGUGCGAGUUACCACUGCAGAUGGUACAGUGCACACGGCACAGAAGGUAUUAGUCACUGUACCUCUGGCUUUACUGCAGAAAGGUGCCAUUCAGUUUAGCCCACCCCUGCUGGAGAAGAAGAUGAAGGCUAUCAAUAGCUUAGGUGCAGGAAUCAUUGAAAAGAUUGGCUUGCAAUUUCCAUAUAGAUUUUGGGACAACAAAGUUCAAGGGGCUGACUUUUUUGGUCAUGUUACUCCUGAUGUCAGCAAGCGAGGGCUUUUUGCUGUGUUCUAUGACAUGGAUCCCCAGCAAAGCGUGCUGAUGUCGGUGAUUGCUGGCGAGGCCGUGGAGGUCAUGAAGAACCUGGAAGACAUGCAGGUGGUGCAGCAGUGCAUGGCGGUCCUCCGGGAGCUGUUCAAGGAGCAGGAAGUCCCAGAUCCUAUAAAGUAUUUUGUGACUCGGUGGAGCUCAGACCCAUGGAUUCAGAUGGCAUAUAGUUUUGUGAAGACUGGUGGGAGUGGUGAGGCCUAUGACAUCAUUGCUGAAGAAAUACAAGGAAAAGUCUUUUUUGCUGGUGAGGCAACAAACAGGCAUUUUCCACAGACUGUUACAGGUGCGUAUCUGAGUGGUGUCCGAGAAGCAAGCAAGAUUGCGGCGCUAUAA